AUGAGCUCGGAAUCAGCACCACCACCCUAUACUUCUGAAAAACAAGUUAAUUAUCAACAAGCACCACCACCACCACCAAUACCAAUGGCACAACCGAUAUAUGUCGGAGCUCCAAUUGUUAUUGUAGGUGACUAUCCAAUGCAAUGCACAUGUCCUCAUUGUGGAAGACAGAUUGUUACACGAACAGAAAAGAAGUCUGGACUUUUAGCUUGGAUCAUUUGUGCUGUUCUUUUCUUGUUUGGUUUAUGGCUUUGUUGUUUUAUACCAUUUUGUGUUGAUGGUUGUAAAGACACAGAACAUUAUUGUCCAAGUUGUGGUGUAAUGCUUGAACAAGCAACUUACUCUUUGCAAGUUCCAUCGAUGCCAACUACAUUUGGUAUGUAUUCAACAUCCGCUACAGAUUUUCCACCGCAACCACCACAUAUUGGUAUGUAUCCAACAUCUGCUACAGAUUUUCCAUCGCAACCACCACAUAUUGGUAUGUAUCCAACAUCUGUUAUGGCUUUACCACCGCAAGCAUCACCCAUUCCUACUAAUAUGCUUAUAGCAGCACAAUCGCUGAUGUUUGGUGAUAUACCUGUACAAUGUACUUGUCCUCAUUGUUAUCAAGUCAUUGUCACACGUGUAGAAAAAAAAGAUGGUGUACUACCAUGGUUAAUUUGUGGUGGAAUUCUUUUAAUGGGUGGUUGGCUAGGUUGUUGUCUUAUUCCAUUUUGUAUUGAUAGUCUCAAAGAUAUCGAACAUUAUUGUCCAUAUUGUGCAGCUUUACUUGGUUCACGACGAAGACUGUAG